UAACACAGGGUUGACGGCAGCGAGGGGGAGGAGUGGCCGGAGAUGAUUGGCGGAGAGCUUGGUAACCCGAUGGGACCAUGGUAAGAGACAGUAGGGAACAUGUGGGCCUCCACGCUUUCCCGAUACAGGGUUCAUCCUCCUCGGCCUAUUUUACCGGGCUCUCAGGCUCCAUCGAGUCUACUUCCCCAGACCUCUCUACCCCCCUUCGUUUCCCCUCUCCAAGUCCCCUAUAAAAGUUCUCUCCCUCCCUCCCUUUUUGUCUCUGCUCUCUCGCACCACUUUCCCUUCUCCCUCCUAAAUCACUUCAGCCUUCCCAAAGGAUGUCCAGUAGGAGGUCCAGGAUCUCAGAGGAGGAGAUCAAUGAGCUCAUCUCCAAGCUACAAUCUCUGCUACCGGAGACCCGCCGACGAGGGGCCGGCAGGGCUUCAUCAGCAAAGCUGCUGCAGGAGACAUGCAACUACAUCAGGAGCCUCAGGCGGGAGGUCGACGACCUUAGCGACCGCCUGUCGGCGCUCAUGGAGACCAUGGACAACAACAGCGCCGAGGCGGAGAUCGUCCGGAGCCUCCUCCGGUCCUGAGCAUAGUUAUCCUCACUUUGCUUCAUCUCUAGUCAGGGAGGUCAACACCAACAUAUCCACAUAUAUAAUGUGCCAUUUUACUUACCUGUUUCCGCCGAGUUUCCUGUACAUCUUUCCCUAACUUUGGAGUUCUGCCUCGAGUUGUUUCUUCUGCAGACAAGCGACCGACAGCUGCUUAAAACAAAAAAUAUUCAUGCAAUCCGAGUUCUACUU